AUGGAAACUACAAUGUCCAGACCAGUCCUCUCUCCAACCCGCAUCAAUGCUACAGCUUCUGAAACAUUCACAGUACUUCAGCAAAGGAUGAGAAUAGUUGAAGAACAGACCAGUUCUCUGAGGGAUGACCUAAUAAUGUUGGACUUUGGUGACAAAAGGGGCCAGCUGGAAACUCCAGAAUGUUUAGAACAACCUGUGAGCCAGAACAUCACUAGACCUAUCCAGAAUGAGAUAAUUUGUUCAGGAAAAACAAAUAUUUUGUGGAAGAACUGUGAGUUCCUGGUCAAUCGAAUGUGCCGUCUGGAAAGUCUCAUCCAGUCCUUGAAGAUGAACAUCUUCCGUCUGCAAACUGAAAAGGAUUUGAACCCACAGAAAACAGAUUUUCUGAAGGAAAGACUGAAUGCAAUACAGGAGGAGCAUUCCAAGGACCUCAAGCUGUUGCAACUGGAAGUGAUGAAUUUGCGCCAGCAACUGCGAGAUGUAAAAGAGGAGGAAGACAAAGCACAAGAUGAGGUGCAGAGGUUGACUGCGACUCUGGAGAUUGCCUCUGAGACAAAGAAGAAUGCAGCUAUUAUUGAAGAGGAACUGAAGACCACAAAACGUAAAAUGAACCUUAAAAUUCAAGAGCUAAGGAGACAACUGUCCCAGGAGAAGCACCUACGGGAAUCUCUUGAGAAAUCUGGAUCAGCCUUGCUACUGAGAAUACAAGAAAUGGAAGCAACAGUGGAGGUGGAACGGAAACAGGUGCAAAUUUUGCAGGAGAACUGCAUUGCCCUACGCAGUUCUAUUCAGACCACCCAGGAACUACUGGCACAGGAGCAGCAACAGAAAGGAGAGUUGGAAACUGCUUCCUCACAACUCAAGUCUGACCUAGUUUCUAGAGACGACAUCAUUUCCAAGUUGGUUGAAGAAAAUAAGAAUAUACAGAUGUCUUUCAAUAAGGAACAUGAAGGAAAUGCAUAUUUGAGGUCUGAAAUAGUAUCUCUUCAUGAAGCAUCAGAAAAAGCACAGAUUUUGAAUGACCAACUGACCAGAAAGUGUUCAGAAUUGAGCAGCAUGCUUCAGACUGUUAAAAUGGAAAAUAGCAGAAUCAUUGCUGACCACCAAGCCAUUCUGCAGAAGGAACAGAAAAUGAUGACACAGACAUUUCAAGAACAAAACUUACUGCUGGAUGCAGCCCAUGCCAGUAUCACAAGUGAGCUACAGACUGUUCAGAAUGAAAAAACACAACUCCAAGUGCAUCUGGACCAUUUAAUCCUUGAGCAUAACCAAUGUAUCCAGAAAGCACAAGAGGCUGAGAAGAGGGCAACAGUCCAGAAAGAGCUGCUAGAAUCCACUAUUGCAAGAUUGCGAGGUGACCUGGAAGCAUCAAUGCAAGAGAAGAAGUCUCUGCUAGAGGAGAAAGACAGACUUCAGAAAGAGGUUAAUAAAACAGAGAAAGAAGUAGCAGAAGAAAAAUGCAACUUGGAAAAAGAAUUAGCUAAAAGCAAGGUAGACAUAAAUGCAUUAACCUGCAACAUGCAGACUCUAGAGGAAAAGAAUAAACAACUGACAGAUAAGAUUGCUUCCCUGGAACUUGAGCAAGCAUCUUCUGAUUACCAUUGGCUUGCCCAACAACAGGUGGAAAACGUCUUGGGAAAAAUUACUGACAGUAAAAAUAAACUGGCCUAUGAAAAGGGAAAACUUCAGGUGAAAUCCCUUCUUGAAAAGAGUGAAGCGGAGCUUUCACAAGCAGUGAAGGGUCGUGCUGCAGCCCUGAAAGAGAGUCAGAAGUUGAAAGGGGACCUUGAAACUCUGGAGGACAGGGAGAACAAGAAGGUGGGAAACUUUCAGCGACAACUGGCAGAAGCCAAAGAAGACAACUGCAAAGUGACAAUCAUGUUGGAGAAUGUGUUGGCUUCUCACAGUAAGAUGCAAGGUGCUCUGGAAAAAGUGCAGAUAGAGCUUGGCCGGAGGGAUUCAGAGAUUGCAGGCCUCAAGAAAGAAAGGGCUCUAAAUCAACAGCGGGUACAGAAGCUGGAAGCAGAAGUGGACCAGUGGCAGGCCAGAAUGCUUGUCGUGGAUGCCCAGCACAACAGUGAGAUGGAACCUCUGCAAAAAGCUCUAGAUGUAGCUAGAGAAGACAACAGAAAACUGGCUAUGAGCCUGGAGCAAGCUCUCCAGACAAAUAAUCACCUACAAACAAAGCUUGACCAUGUUCAAGAGAAAUUGGAAAGCAAAGAAAUUGAGCGACAGAAUUUGGAAACCUUUAAAGAACGGAUGAGUGAAGAAUCCAAAAUAGAAGCAGAAUUGCAUGCUGAACGCAUAGAUGCUCUAAGAAAGCAGUUUCAAAUUGAGAGAGAAACUGCCAAGAAGGCAGCACAGCGGGAGGUGACUGAGAUGAAGAAAGCCCUUGAUGAAGCCAACUUCAGAUCAGUGGAAGUGUCCCGGACUAACCGAGAGCUCCGGCAGAAAGUUACAGAGCUGGAAAAGCUACUGAACAGCAGCAAGGAGAAAAUAAAGAAUCAAAGGGCCCAAAUUAAGCUCCACUUGUCCGCCAAGGCGAAUAAUACUCAGAACGUAGAGAGGAUGAAGCAAAUAGAAACAGAAUUGAGGCAAAUGGAGCUAAUUAAGGAUCAGUAUCAGAAAAAAAACUACGAACAGUCACUGAGUAUCCAGAAAUUUGUAUCUGAAAUGACUAACCUGCAGAAGGAGAUGCAGCUGUUGGCCAGGAGCCAGUAUGAUACCUCAGCACGGAAUAAACAGCAAGAGCUGCGCCUUGAGGCCGAGCGGAAGCUGAGGCAGGAGCUGGAGAAUCGGUGCCAGGAAUUGGAAGAAACUAUCAGACACCUAAAGAAAUGUAAAGAGGCGACGGAGAAUAAGCUGAAAGAAGCCAGUGUGGAAUCAGAGCAGAUAACAGCUAACCUAGAAGAAGCUCACCGCUGGUUUAAGUGCAGAUUUGACGGUCUACAACUUGAGCUGACCAAAAACCGGUUGCAGAGGCUUCCCCGGGAAGACAAGUGGCAGGAAGAGGACCAAGAUAAAAGGCACAACAGCAUGUCAAACCAGUCUGCUCUGCAUCGAUGGGAGAAUAAACGAAAUAGACUUGUGCCCAAGAAGUGCCACUCUGAACAAGAGAGAAAGUGA